GCAGUGCACUGUGAACUCAGUGCAGCAAUAAAGAACAAACCUACGUUUGUUCAUUCAAAACAUCUCUAUUCUGUGCCGCCAUGUAUUACACUCAACCGACACCAUCUCUCUGAGGUCGUACCGAAUUUGUGCACGAAAAUGCAAAAACUCGACACUACAUUUUCCAAUGAAACACGACGCAUGAUUUUAUAGCGUCUUCCAUUGGAAAAAACUCGCUAGCACUGGCAACACUGAGUGCUUGAAGCGUAUUUCAUUGGUAGUUUUAGUUUGCACGUUCUGAGUGGAGCACAUUUCAUUGAGAGUGCAAAAUGCUCUCAGUGCGCACUGAGUGCAAUAAAAGUGGCCCCGAGGUUAGAGGCCGGGGCCACUUCAGUGUCACACUAUUUGAAUUACUCCAUCUAGUCUUUACUGUUGUGACAAAAAAUGAACUUAUUGUUAGCAAACGAGUUUUUAGAAUCUUCGUCUUCAUCAAGUGAAGAUGAAAUAGUAUUACUAAUUACAAAUUCGAAAAAUAUAAAACCAAAGAUUAUAAAUUAUUUGGAUACUAUUCAUCUAAAGACUGAUGAGCAGUUUCGACGUGAUUUUCGAUUACAAAGAAAUACUUGUUCUAUAUUAAUUGAAAAUUUCCAAAAUAGUGAAAUAUAUGAAACAUACUGCAGAGAAGAUCAUGGGAGUAGGCGAAUUUCUGCAGAAAUUCACAUUUUAUCAUUUGUAUGGUAUGCUGCUAAUAAAUGUGUAAUGAGAGAUGUCGCCGAAAGAUUCAAUAUUGGAGAGUCAACUUUCUUCAGAAUAAUGAAUCGAGUAAUGGAUUAUUUAUUAAACAUUGCAGUAGAAGUGAUUCAAUUUCCUAAAACAGAUGAUGAAAAAAAAUCUGCUGCAAAGAAUUUUUAUGAAAUAUCUGGGUUCCCAAAUACACUUGGUUGUAUUGAUGGUACAUCAAUUCAUAUUAGAACGCCUGCUCAUAAAAUCAAAUCGACCUAUGUAAAUAGGCAUGAUCUCCCUUCAAUAACUCUGCAAGGAAUUUGCAAUUACAAAAAGAAGUUUAUUGAUGUCUUCACAGGUCCUCCUGGGAAAAUACAUGAUUCAAGAGUCUAUAAACUUUCAUUUAUCAGCCAAGAAUUACUCGAUAUUUGUGGCAAUACUUACCAUAUAUUAGGAGAUAAUGCAUAUGCUGUAAAGCCAUGGCUUUUGACUCCAUAUAGGGACUAUGGAAACCUAUCCGUAGAUAAAACUCAUUAUAAUAAAGUAUUUUCAGGUACUAGAGUUUUAAUAGAAAACACAUUUGGUUUAUUAAAAAACAGAUUUCGAAACUUGAUAAAAUUAGAGUUUCAAGAUGUAGAUAAAAUAACAAAGUUCAUAAUGUCAUGUUGCGUUCUGCACAAUUUAUGCAUCGACUACGAUGACAUUUUUCCUAAUGAAGAAUACCAUGAUGAAAAUCCUUAUGAAUACCCUGAAUAUGAACAUAUGACAGCGCAAGAUAUGCAUUAUACAAGAUUAGGACAAAUAAAAAAAGAUGACAUUUGUCAACAGCUUUCAUCAUAAUUACUUUUUAAUUUGUAGUUAUUGUGUAUUUAAGAAAUAAAAUAAA